AUGACUGUGGGCGUUCCCUCCUUUCGACUGCUGGAGGCCAGUAGACGGCUGGACGAGGUGGCCAAGCAGCCACUGGCCAGGAAGAGGGCUGGCCUGGUGGACCUGCUGAUCUCGAGAGCAGUGGCUCUCCACUUGCCUGGGUAUGCUGGCCGGCCCGGCCCUCUUGCCAGCGCCCGGGGACGGCUGUGCAGGGCAUCCCUCCUUCCUGCUCUGGCUGGCCAGGCGGGCACCACCUGCGUGGUUCAGAGGGAGAGGGAGAAAAGGUGCUGCAUCCUGGGAGGGGCACAGGUGGAGGUGCUUGGCUGCAGGGCAGGUGAGGGGCACCGUGUUGCCUCCGCCAGCAGCAGCCGCUCAGAGUCGGGGGUUUCUGAAAGUCUGGGCUCAGCACGGCACUUGUCAGCCCCAAACCAGACCGUCAUGUGCUUUGUGCUGACCAGCUCCUUGUUGCUGACCUGCUGCUUGCCCAUCUUUCUGAUGGGCGUGAGGUACUACUUCAGUAGAAAAGUUAUCCUCAGCUAUCUCGAGUGCGCACUGAAUACGGACAUGUCCGACAUUGAGCGAUAUUACAUGAAAUCGCCAGGUUCCUGCUUCUGGGUGGCAGUGCUGAACGGCAACGUGGUGGGCAUCGUGGCGGCAAGGGGCAACGAGGAGGACAACACGGUGGAGCUGCAUCGCAUGUCCGUGGACGCCAAGUACCGGGGGAAAGGGAUUGCCAAAGCGCUGGGCCGCAAGGUGCUGGAGUUCGCCAUGCUCAAUAACUAUUCCUCCGUCGUGCUGGGAACCACGGCGGUGAAGGUGGCGGCCCACCGGUUGUACGAGUCGCUGGGCUUCAAGCACGUGGGCGUCGUGGAACACUACACGCUGCCCGGGAUGACGCACUCCGUCCUGGAGCGAAUGUUUUUCCAGCUUCGCUAUCACCGCUACUGCCUGCAGCUGCGCGAGGAAUAG